UGGUUUUUAUUGAAGACCACAACAUGGAGGAGCUUCUGUCUUUAAAAGAAUCGAUAGUUACGUAUUUGGACAGAAGUGGAGGCCUGCGUCAACUUGUUGAAGCUUGCCAGUCUCUUAAAGAUUCUCAGCAGGUGUAUCGUUUCAGUUUCGAUGUGAACCCCACUGACAUAGUUGAACUGGAUGCCAGACUGGGAGACUGCAUACUACACGACCCCCUGAAAGCUACUUCACUUUUUCAGUCUGUUUGUUUUCUCUCAAUAAAGACGCUGUCACUAAUUGAGCACAUACACACAGAAAACCAGGUUAACGUUGUUCUACGGCCAACACACAUGCCACCGUUUCCCAACUACAUUCUGGACUUAUGUGAGUUCCCUCGUGGCUACUAUCUGAUGAGGCCUGUAGCGCUGGAGGGCCUUGUAAUUGCCGUGACUUGUGUGACAAAAUACACUCAAGGAGCCAGAUUUAUUUGUGCAGAAGAAAAAUGUCCUUGCUCCAGAGGUUUCCACCAUAUUAGAGUACAUGCACCAGGAGCUACGGAGGCAGCGACUGUCCGGAGUGACUUCAUCUGUUUCCUUUGCUCCUCGCCCCUCAAAGAGGAUGUGAAAUCUCGUGUUUUGGGGGAUAAGCAACUGGUUGAGCUUGUACACACAAGAGCAUUGGAUGUGUUGGGGGUCCAUGAACCUUCCUCCCUGAGAUAUCAGUCUGUCACUCUAUUUUUGAGAGAUGAACUGUGUAACACUAUGAAAAUUGGCCAGCUCUACCAAGUAGUAGGAAUACCUGCACAUGUACACCAGUGGUCCAGUAUUACUUGGACCAUAGAGGUUUGCAGCAUUCGAAAUCUUAUUCCUGAAUGUCCCUCCUGUGUAAGUGACAAUUUCCAGGCCCUGCAUGCUGCCUCAGCCUGUUCCCCAUGGAGAUUCUCUGCUAUUGUUGCUAAUUCAUUUGGCUCUCCAGUAGUCCCGCCCGGCCUAUACAACACGCUGAAAUUGGUGUUGCUUCUUAGCCUGGUGCAGACCAAAGAGGAGAAUUCAGAUGCACACAAUCCUCUGGAUGUGCUUGCACUCACCAGCGAUACUCUUAAUGUUGAGAGGUUAAUGACAUACAGUCUGGGCCUGGCAGCACGGGGUAUUCGUCACCUGGUUACCGGAGAACUGUUCACCUCCUUGUCCAGGGAUGAGCACGGAGCAGGAACAGCCAACAUCCAUGCAGGCUCUGCUCUCCUAGCUGCUGGGGGUGUGUGCUUGCUAGGGGACUUAACGUGCUACAAGAAAGACAGGACAGACACCCUCCAGUCAGCAUUAGACAGCAGAACAGCCUCUGUUUUUAUCCCUGGAAAAAAGUAUGGUGAAGAUGCUGACCAGCUUCUUUCCUUCCCUAUCAACUGCAACUUUUGGGCCCUGGCUGAUGCAUUAGCUCCUCGUAAAAAGGCUAACAGACCAGACAGUGUACUGUUGGGAUCUAUGGAGAUGGGUCCAGUGCCCCCACAAGUCGUAGAUGCAUUUGGGCUUGUGAUCCAGUGUCGAGACCCGGGAGGUAACCACCCACUCCUUCCUAUGACAGUACACACCCUGAAGCAGGCCAUUUCACCAGGAAAGCCCAUUUACCCUGCCUGCAUGCAAUUUACCACACAAGACUAUAAAGAGCUCCUGGCUUAUGCUCGGAGUCUAAAAGUAGACAUGAGCACCGAGGCUGAGAAGAUGAUCCACGGCUACUACAUGGCCAGUCGGAGAGUGCGCUCUUCAGUAUCGGUCACAUCCAUUAAACUGCUGAUUGCCCUUGCACAGGCUCAUGCCAAGCUUAACCUGAGGACUCUCGUUCUAGAAGAGGAUGCAGUUAUUGCAGUGCUGCUGUGUGAGAACUCCAUUACCCUAAGACAUGGAGUCUCAGUGCUUGUUAUUCCACCCGAUGCGGCGUUUCCUUGUGAUCUGCGUGACCUGGAAUCCCUGCACUGUCGAGACCUGACCUUGGAAGAGUUCCAUCAGCAGAUCCUGCAUUUUGUAUACGACUAUGCACCAGGAGCUGCUACCUACAUCAUGGAAGAAUAGGGCACAUUUAAUCUCAGGUAUCUAUAUCACUUGACUCAAAUGGUAAAAACAUUAAAUUAAAUACAGUAAA